AUGUCACGUCUUGAAGAAGAUUUUACUUCAAGACACAUCCUUACCCCCAACAUUCCUUUUCAGCAAAACUUAAUUACCCGUUAUUUACUUUGUAAUACUGAUGGUUUUACACCAAAGCAUAAAGCAAUAAUUCAAAAAUUUGAGACCGAAGUCUUGAAAGACCCAAGAAAUUUGUCAAUUUUAUUUCAGCAAAGUCUUGCAACGAGAACAGAAUCAGUUGCAAAAAUUAGAGAUAUACUACAAUUCAUGUCUGAUGAACCAAACUUUCAAAUAGACCAACCAUUCAAGUUGGAUAAUGAAACUUUGAAAUAUAUUAAAUCAAAAUAUGCUCAUAGACCUAAAGGAACUAAAAAGCAAUUCGAUCUAUCAUUGGGUUAUUUACAGAAUUUUUUUGCCAACUGCUACGACCGUCAAACUAUUGAUUUAAAUUCAUUCAAUUAUCAUAGACAAUGUGAUGACUUGGAUCCAACUUCGUUGGAAAAUGAAAAUUGUAUAUAUAAUGAAGAUUUAAUUGGACUAUAUACGUUGCAAAGUGAACCUAAUGAUUCUGGAAACAUAAAAAAACUACUCGAUCAAUUUGAUACAGAAGUUUUAGGAAUUGAUUCAGCUUUGAAGGAAAUAUUUGGAUAUACAUAUAAUAAACGGACAUCCUGUUUAUUAUUUUGGAAGAAGAUGUUGCGCACUAUGGCAAAAAUGCCUGAUUAUGAUUUUAAUCAAGGCAUUCAUUUGGAUAAAGAUUAUUUGAUGUCUGAGCUAAACCAUAAUAAAAACUUAAUGACUACAGCAUACAAUUGUUUAUCUAAAGUUUUGGAAAUUGCUUACUCUCGUCCAGCUAGAUUAACUGCAGAAGCUAGAGCCAUAGAAGCAAGAGCUAUAGAAGGUAGAAUAGCAUUAGCAGAAGCCAGAACAGCAGAAUCUAGAGUAUUAGAAGCUCGAGCAAUAGAAUUAAAAUCAGAAGCUGAUACACCACUGGCUAAAUGGUUCGCUAAAAAGGCAAGUGACUUAGCAACAAGGACAAGAGUAGCUAAUGAAGAAAGCGAAGCUAGAGCACGUGUAGCAGCUAGAGCACGUGUACCAGCUGGAACGAAAUUAAAAGUUAAAGUACGAGUAGGGCUGAACAUAUCACUAAACAACCAAAAUCAAGUCGAUUUGACAAGAAGAAGCAAUCUUGAAACAAUUGCUCCUGCUAGCACAGGCUGUCCAAGCACUUUAAUUGCUGCUGUGGAGCAAAUCAAUCAAGAGUUGAGAAAUAGAACUAACGAUUUAAUCCAAAACUUUACGGAAAAUGAGAGUAUAAUUGCUCGAGAUGACUUAACGUCAAGAAUUGGUGUUUCUACAAACAAAUUAUUUGAAGAAAUUAAAAGAUUCAUUUCUAAUCAAGAUUUCACAUCAUUAUGA